GUCUGUGUGUGCAACUCUACCUACUGCGACACUAUAGAGAGACCUACCCCUCUACCCCUGGGACACUACCACUGGUACAGUACCAGCAACUCUACCCCAGGCUUCUCCCACACUACGGGUACCUUCAUAAACGCCUCCAUCGACAACACCACUGAUGUAUUUUUCAAGAUAAAUGCCUCUGCUCAAUUCCAGGAAAUCCUGGGUUUUGGAGCAUCCUUCACAGAUACGUCUGGUAUACUCAUAAAUUCUCUGCCCGAAGAAGCCCAAGAUAAGUUCAUUGAAUCAUAUUUUGGAUUGACAGGCAUAGAGUACAACUUGUGCAGAUUGCCUAUAGGAGGAACAGACUAUUCUCCCAGAGUCUAUACACUAGAUGAUGUAGUCGAUGAUGAAGAUUUGCAGUAUUUUAGUCUUACCGAAGAGGACUUGAAUUUGAAGAUACCGUACAUAAAGAAAGCCAUGUCAGUGAGCGAACGAGGCAUCAGACUGAUGGCCUGUACUUGGAUGGCCCCAGGCUGGAUGAAAGACAACAACAAUAACUACCGAGGAUAUGUGCGAACCAAGCACUACCAUACAUGGGCCAAGUAUCACAUCAGGUUCCUUGAAGAAUAUCAAAAACAAGGGAUCAACAUAUGGGCUCUAAGUGGAGGAAAUGAAGUAAUGCUGACCUUUGUCUUACCGAUUGCCCUAAACUCUCUGAACUGCACCCUGGUGACAGCUCCCAUACAGAGGUACUGGUUCAAGGAACACCUCAGUCCACUCCUGGCAGCCAGCAACUUUAGUGAUGUCAAACUCAUAGUGUUGGAUGACAUGAGGCUGUUUGCUCCAUACUGGAUGAGACAUUUUGCAGAAGAUACAGAAGCAUACAAGAUAAUUGAUGGGAUUGGUUUGCAUUGGUACUUUGACAAGUAUAUCCCUCCCUCUGUUCUGACAUAUCUGCACCAAAACUUUCCUGAAAAACUGAUCAUGUAUACAGAAACCAGUAUCAACGGAGGAUUUGGUCCAAAAGCAGUGGAUCUGGGUUCUUGGGUAAGAGCAGAAGCUUACAUCUAUAGCAUCAUUGAGACACUUACCCACUGGACUCAGAGCUACAUGGACUGGAACCUUGCAGUGAACUUAGAAGGAGGACCAACGUUGGGCAUGGCUGUGGAAGGUGCUAUCAUUGUCAACUCUACUGGAGAAGAGUUCUACAAGCAGCCCAUCUUCUAUGCUAUGGGUCAUUUUUCAAAGUUCAUGCCCCCAGGAGCUAGGAGGAUUCAAGUUGUUUCCAAUCAGAACAUAAGUCUUGAAGAGUACAUAAAUCCAACUAAACUUUCCAAGUAUGCCGAUCUGGAGGAAUUUGGGAAUGAAAAUCACUUGGAAGCAUCUCCUACCAAUCCACCGAUACCACCCUAUGUUCCUAAACUCCUCACUGUCAGUAUUGCCACCUUAAAUCCUGAUGGCAGCUACAGCGUUGUGGUCUACAACUCGAAGAACGAAACACAACAUGUGAGAAUAGAAGAACCAAACCUAGGAUCUAUAGUUGUGGACGUAGAAGCUCACUCCAUCAACACAUUUGUGUACUGGUUGUGAACAUCUUCAACAAUAUAAGAUUUAUGUUUUUCAUUGAAUUAUAUUUUUAUUAUGUAUUACCAGUGAGUACAAAUCAAUUAAAUAUAUUAAUUGGCAUUGUUUUUUUAACAAUUUAGAGGUAAGAUUUACUCUAUACAGAAAGGCUGCAAUCAUAUGAGUAACCUUGAUUAUUAUGAGAA